GGUGGCCGGCUGGCUCCCGGUGGGGGCGGAGGGGCGGCGAGCGGUCCCCGCGGGGCAGGCAACGGGAGAACGCCCGUGCUCGCCUCCCUCACGUGACAGCGGGAGGUCGCGGCGGGGACGACCAACCGGGUGGGCCAGCCUGCGCGGGGCGAGGCAGGCGUCCGGCCGCACCCUCGCGGGCCAGGCGGGAUCUCCCUGCGGCGCCCGGGCCGCCGCUCCCCUUCCCCGGCCCUCCCUCGGCUCCGCCCGCGCAGAGGCGAAGCGUAUCCUCCGCUGGGCCGAGUCCGCCAGCCUGCCGGCGGGCAUGGAGAACUGCCCCCGAAGCCCCCGCGCGGCCCGCGACCCCAAGCCAGCCGGCCCUCGCUAGCUGUUGGCAUCGGGCGUUUUCUUCACCAUCCAACCGAGUCUAAGGAAUCUGUGGCGUUGAGAUUCGGACGAAAUGGAAGAAAAAGAGCGAUGUGACCCAUUCGGCUUUGCCCUCCUGCAUUGAGGCCUAGUUGGCAUCUGCAGAGAGGAAAAUACAGCCAGGAAAGCGAGGUUUUUUCCCCCCCGAAAGGGGGUGGGAGGGUAGGGUAGUGAAAGGGAGGAAUCUUACGUUUUAUAUGUUCUUUUUAAAUUCUGCGCUUUGAAAGUGGUGGCUGAAUAAACUAAUCCAAAAGUUAUUUUUCCUAUAGAGAAGACAGAAGAGGUGGAUUUUUUUUUUUUUUUGUCCCUUUUGAUUUCAGCCUUUUCUCCCAGUGACAAAGCAUAAAUCAUGGACACCAGAGAAUAAAGUGAACCUCAGGAAUCUGAAGACGGAAGCCUAGACCUAGACCUUCUGAAUCCGGGGGGAAGGAGUGGGGUGUUUAUCAGCUCUGUCUGGAACCUAAAUCGAAAAACAUGAGUUGCAUGCCAUGGAAAGGAGACAAGGCCAAAUCUGAAUCCCUGGAGCUUCCCCAGGCAGCACCCCCACAAAUCUACCAUGAGAAACAGCGCAGAGAACUCUGUGCCCUUCACGCCCUCAACAACGUCUUCCAGGACAGCAACGCCUUCACGCGGGAAACGCUGCAGGAGAUUUUUCAGAGGUUGUCUCCAAACACUAUGGUGACGCCCCACAAGAAGAGCAUGCUGGGAAAUGGGAACUAUGAUGUGAAUGUCAUCAUGGCAGCACUUCAAACCAAAGGCUAUGAAGCUGUUUGGUGGGACAAGCGCAGGGACGUGGGUGUCAUUGCUCUUGCUAACGUCAUGGGAUUCAUCAUGAACCUACCCUCCAGCCUGUGCUGGGGUCCCCUCAAGUUGCCUCUUAAAAGGCAGCACUGGAUCUGCGUUCGUGAGGUGGGAGGAGCCUACUACAACCUUGACUCCAAACUCAAGACUCCGGAGUGGAUUGGAGGCGAGAGCGAGCUCAGGAAAUUUCUAAAAUACCAUUUGCGAGGAAAAAACUGUGAACUCCUACUGGUGGUACCAGAAGAAGUGGAAGUCCAUCAAAGCUGGCGGGCAGAUGUGUGACAGUUAUGCUGGACCCGCUCUUCGCCUCGACCUCCGCCCUGUUUGACGUGCUGUGGCCUCUACAGUGGGUCUGUCCAGCUACUUCCCUAAACAUCUCAUUGGGUUUCCCCCUCAAAUUUGACAGUGCAAUAGUACAGGUGUGUGGACUCUCACAGCCACCAAGCACUGUCUGUGCCUGGGGGAAGAAGGUAGGAGCUCUGAACAUUUAGGGCAAGCCAUUUAACACCUUUUCUAUUUUAGAGAAGGGAGGUAAGAGGGGUGGAGGGCUUGCUUACUUCCCCCUUUCUAUGAGGACUUGAUACAAGUUCUGCUGAUAGUUGUCACUGAUGCCCCAGACUCACAGGGAACACACACUUCCUCUUUUUCUCUCCUGUGGCACCAGGGGGUCCAAGGACACAGUACAUGCAGAGCCCAGUGACUAGUUCAAAGGACCCAAGCAUAAGCGUCUCAGGAAACUGUCAGGCCCCCAGCGGUGGCACUACAUGCCGUCUGCAAUCCAUAAUGCCACUUCUUACCCCAUUUUAAAUCUUAGCCAGCCUUGGAGUUUUAUGAGAAGUUCUGAUAUUCCAAAGUGGGUAAAUUGUACAGUAUUCCAGCAAGACAGUGGUGAAAGAUGUCUAAUGUUGUGUGGCUGAAGCCACAUUAGGACAGUCAUGGGUAGCUUUUCACUCAAAUUAUGUCCCAACAUUUCACUACAUUGACAUAGGAGGCUCUGGGGCAAAAGACAAUGAAGAGGGACAGUACUCCUAGUUGGCUCAUUUUAACAAAAUCAGAAACACAUCUGCAUUGACACCAAAUUUCAUAGGGACAGAGUUGGGUGAGGAAACUGCCUCGCAGUAUGAGAGUGAGGACUGGCAGGCACAUCCUGGGCUACAGAGUCACAGGUUAUGUGCACGACACUAGAGGCUGAGUUUGGCAUCUUUGUCUAGUUUCCAUUACAAACUGAGGGUUGGUUCACCCCCACCUCAAGUAGUUCUAGACCAUUUUUCUCCUGUAAUUUUAGAAGAUAAGUAAUUACCAUACCACACAUGAGUGUGGUUGUGGUGGCCUUCAAGGCAGGUGGGCAGGCAGGUGACCUGGCCAGUCCUUAGGGAGUCCUGGUCUCUGCAGGCCUGAGAGCUGUCCCACUGUCGAUCCUGAGCAAGCUUACUGGGGUGAAGCGGGGGCUGUCUCCCCACUGACUGGAGUGCAUGUUUACACCAGCACUUCUCUGCACAUGCAUCUUCAAUCCAACAAGGCCGUUUUUUAUUCGAGUAGCAGAGGGCCCCAAGUGGCUACUGCAACUCAACCACGGUCAUCCGUACCAUUUUCUACACCGGAUCUGCUUGGCACCAUGGGGAGCUCUGACCCUGCACAAUGACAUUCCAAUCACUACCAGCCAGAAGUUACAGCCGACCUUGCUGAUCGGCACAAGCAGGACCUUGGGUCCAUUGGCACUGUCGGUGGUAGUAAGCCAUUUCUUGGGAAGAGGAGACUCCUCCCUACAGAUCUGCUUGGGCCUGUGCAAACAGCACUGGAAAGGAGUCCCAUGCACGCGGAGUCCAUGAGCCAGUGGAAUGUACAAAGACGCUUAAGCAUUUCAGGGCUGGUUCUGUUCAUAUCCAAUCUGGUGCUUAGGAACAGGGACCCAUGUUGAUGCCCAAGGGCAAAAAGCCCCAUUCCUUUUAAGGAAGGGGAGCUUGACCCUGAUGCCCAGCAAGGGGCAGCCCUAGGCUUUGUUCUUGCUUUAUUCCCUUUUAUUUUGUUGGCCUUGUGCUGGGUUUGUUUACAAAGAUGUAUUUUGUUUAACCAAAUAUUAAAAAUGAAAAA